AUGCACCCCGUCUCGCUUCCCUCUGAACUCACAAAUUUCUCAAUCGGAUUGUGGGAAGGCUCUCUUCAACUGGGUCUCCCAUCGAGUAGAGAUGGCUUCGCCUCCGAAGAACAGACAAUGGAGGUGAUACUGGCGUCAUCACAGUGCAGAGAUGCGCUCUUCAACCUUCGACUCGACGUGGUCUCUUCUAGAGAAGAAUCCUUACGAGAGAGCCUUUCGGAGAAGGAUGAAGGGGUUCAAACUCUGUUUGAAAGCAUUAUGAAUACAAGAUGCUACCA